CAGGAAGAUGAUUUUAUAUUUUUACUGACAGCAUGAGUUCAGAGAACUGCACAAUGUUAACCGAAGAGCAGAUGCUAACAAUCAGUGUGAUUGAAGUUGUCACAGCUUGUCUCAGUUUGAUAGGUGCCUUUUCCAUUUUGUGCUUCAGCCUAGGAAGGAGAAAAGCAUGUCUGCCAGAGGUGUUCCCGAUUUUUCAACUGUCUGGUGCAGACGUGCUGGCAUCAGUCUUCAUGAUAGUUGGGGCUGUACUCUACCUGUCAAACAGAACAUGUGAUAUCAUUACUGCCCUAACAAAGAGUUUCUACAUUAGCACAUUUCUCCUCACAAUGACUUAUGCAGUUGAAGCACUUAUGAGGAUGAGAGAUAGGCUGCACCGAUCUUCAGCAAUUUCUAUGAGUAGGGGAACACCAUUGAAAUAUAUUAUGUAUGCUGUAUCAUGGGCUUUUCCAGUUGUAGUUACCAUACUACUACAGGCUUUCUCACAAAUAAGCCAGAAUGAUUUUAACACUAUUGGGACUAACACAACAGUUUCAGACAUCAUUGGCUUCAGCUGCUCAUUAUGUUUGCCAGUGUUUCAUUAUAAUGAGGACAUGUGUUGGGAGAACCGUGAGAAUGGUAUGGAAUGGCACAAUGCAUACCGACUGCUCUUUCUGGUGCCACUCUUCCUAGUCAUGGUGGUUAAUGUGAUAUUAUAUAUUUUCACAUACAGAACUUUCAGGAAAUCUUUAGUUUCAAGAGGUCUUCUGGGUUACCACCAAAGAAGGGAGGAGUCUCACAUCAGAAAUCAGGCUAUCAUGUACUUAACAGUUUUCUGGAUUUGUUGGUUGCCAUCAUUUGUUCUUGGAAUUAUUUCCCUAGUGAUGGGACAAAGCUUUGAGAUGCAGACAUACUAUUGGCUGUACAUUUGCCAGGCUGUUCUUGCUCCACUUCAUGGCUUCUGCAACUGUAUCAUCUAUGGGUGGAAGCGAAAUGGCUUCAAACAGGCCCUGUCAGAAAGAAGCACCUUAGCCUCCACUAAUGCAGGAUCUUACCUCUCAGUCAGCCUAUAGCAGUAGAGCAUACAGUAUCUAAAACAAAUUCCUCUCUUACCUCCGUAAGAUGUACAUGUGUACAUUGUACAAGUACAUUUACAGGCAUGCAUUUAUAACAAUAUAUACUUUAUAGGUAGAAUUAUUUACCUGUAUCUCUUGUGGAAUAGUGUUAUGCAUAUUUACAGAAUGGUAAAUGUUUUACCGCUGUAAUUGUUGUAU